UAUCAGACGUGUUUCUCAUGUCAGAAAGUAUGCACGUCAAUAUGUUUUAAAAAUAGUUGAUUAAGAGUUCAAUUGUAUUUCUUUGUUGUUAUCAAUGAAAUAUAAUGGAACAAUGUAAUUUUUAAUAAACGGUGAUAAUUUUUGUAGUGUUUUAGUAUAGUGUUAUUGUUUCAAAAUGAAAGUUGUUGAAGCGAAAAUCGUCGUUUUGGGCUCGCAAGGCGUCGGCAAAACAAGUCUCGUGGUACGUUACAUAGGCAAGAUGUUCUCCAAGCACAUAUCACCCACCAUCGGAGCGUCCUUCUUCACGUGCAACAUCAAUUUGGAGGAUGCUAGAAUUAAACUUCAGGUAUGGGACACAGCCGGCCAAGAGAGAUUCCGGUCCAUGGCUCCGAUGUACUAUAGAAACGCGAAUGCAGCUCUACUGGUCUACGACAUCACGAGCGCGAACAGCUUCGCCUCCAUCAAGGGCUGGGUCAAGGAGUUGCAGAGUAACGUACCGGAUCCAAUGAUACUCUCCCUGGUCGGUAACAAGUGUGACCUGGAGUCUUGUCGCGCGGUUACGCAAAGCGAGGCGUCUCAGUACGCGGCGUCCAUCGGGGCUGCUUACUGCGAGACUUCGGCGCUGCACGACCAGGGAAUAGACCAAGUGUUCCUGAACACGGCGACGGAACUCCUCAAGCUGUCCUCGUCGAGCCUCGUCGCUUCCCUUCGCUCCUACGACUCCACGGAAUAUGAUGAGAAAUUACCAAUCGGUAUUCCAUCAGAAGAGAGAGCGACCCAUACUGGCAAAAUAGAACUGCCAGCGUGGAGCAGUGAAUUCAAACUAGGAGAGACUCAGAAGAAUAUGUGUUGCUAGCACUCGGACAGACUAGUAUAUACCAAUAUUACAUCUCGGAGCGCAUACAUUGUAAGUUCUUAAAUAACAGUAGUAUUGAUCAUGUCUCUGUAAUAAUGGUUACUGGUAAUUCAACAGCUCGCAUUGGAGUGUGGUGGAAUAUCCUCUAAAACUGUCUCCCUUUUAGCUGAUAAUUUUUCGAAAAUGCUAUAACAUCUUCCGUAUUUCUAACUUUAAAAAUAAUUAACUUCUUUAUAAACACUUAUUGAGCACAUCUAGAUUUUUUAAAUAUAAUUUCACAUUGUGUUAGAAACCCACCAAUAAUACUGUCUAGAUCUGUCCGAAGAGUUCCUGCGUAGUGUGGUCACCUCUUUACAUUUUUUUUUUUCAUUUCAUUACACCACGCUGAAAUUAAUAAUUAUUUUGUUUUUGUUACCAUACCUAUAUUAAUAUUACUAAGAGGUAUAUUUUUUUUUUUUUGUAGGGAAUAAUCUCUAAUGAUAUCAAUUCAUAAAAUGUCUUCACUGUUAGAAAACUUCAUUAUUCCUGAGUACUAUAAGGUAUAAAUUAUAUUUAUAUCAAAACAUUUUCUUUAUUAAUAAAUAUCCGUGCGAAGCCGGGCCGGAUCUCUUCGGUUAAGAAUAAACGAAAUUACGUUACACUAGUAAUACUAACAGAAU